AUGGAGGCGGGCCUGGGGAUGCGAUGGAUGCUCUGCCACCUGGCUCUGGCCACUCACCACCGCCUUAUCCUUCUCUGCCACCCAGUUACCUGGGCGCUGCGGCCCCUGCCGGGGGCGCUGGCUCAGAGGACGGCGGGCCAGGCUCAUGCCCGCGUCAUGGCGUGGCCGGUGGGGGCGGCGGGGCGGCGGGGCAGCGGCGGCGCCGGGCUCCGGGCGGGGACGGUGAGGGAGGCGCGGCCGUCCAGCUUGGCUCCGGCUGCGACUCCGCGGAGCCGCCCGCCGCCCGGCUCAGCCUCGCCGCUCGGCUCCGCCCCGUCCCCCCCUGGCGGCCCGCCCCCGCCGUAUUCCUCCGAGCUGAGGGACACCAACUUCUGCCCUGGCUUCCCUGCCCUCCCCGCCUCCUCCCACCUCCACCCCCGCCGCCAUUCCCAGCUUGCCUCCGCGGGCCCCAUCAGGUGGCCUUCCUCACUCCCGGCUCAGCCUCACCUUCCUUUCCUGAGCCCCGAGUCGUAG